AUGGCGGACAAGCUCAAGAUAUCUAAGGUGGAUAAUGUCCAAGUAGUAGCUCGGGGACAAGCUUCAAACGUUACACUACACUUAACAGCUCACCAUCUAAUUGUCGUUCAAGCACUCGCUUCGUCGCCGGAAGCUUCGCAACAAGAAUCGCAACAAGGAUCGCCAGCGCGGAAAAGAACAGCGCCUCAAGGCAGGUCGAGGGAGUCAUGGAUAGCAUAUCCUAUGAUAGCGCAUUGUACAUUUCGACCAACUUCGCCGGGAUCUGGACAAGAUUCUUCUAUACGUCUACGAGGUCGAGAUUUUAAUUUCUAUACUCUUAAUUUUGCGGAUGACAAGCAAGCUCGAGACACCUUCGAAAGUAUAAAGAGCGCAACAUGCAAGCUGGGGAGCAUUGAGAGGUUGUAUGCAUUUAGUUAUAAAGCGCAUGGGGCAGAAAAGCAGAUAAAUGGUUGGGAUAUAUAUGAUCCCAAGGCAGAAUGGAAACGUUUGGGAAUAAGUGAAAAAGGAGUCGAUAGAGGAUGGAGGUUGUCUAAAAUGAACCAUGAUUACGCCUUCUCACCUACAUACCCAGCCUUGCUCCCAGUUCCUUCGGCUGUCUCCGACAUCACAAUCAAACAUGCUGGCCAGCACCGUUCAAGGGCACGAAUACCAGUCCUGACAUAUUUACACCCAGUCAAUAAUUGUGCCCUGACGAGAUGUUCACAGCCUAGGACUGGUAUGCGAGGAGCCCGCAGUAUACAAGAUGAGAGAUUAGUCAGCGCAUGCUUUUGUGCGACAUCAACUGUGGAUGAGGCGGACUCAGUAUCCCCAGCGGGAUCUAGAAAUAGUCCAGAUUCCAGUCAAGCCGAUAUUAGCACACCAAAUAAUGGGGAAGUGACAGAGACAGAUCGUUAUGAGGAUGAAAUGCUUGCAUCUGCGUCAAAUAUUGAGAUCAUAACCGAAAAACCUCAUGUGUAUGGAGCACAACAGAACAAUCUGAUUGUGGAUGCAAGACCUCAGGUUAACGCAUACGCUAACCAAGUAAAUGGCUUUGGUACGGAGAAUAUGGAAUACUAUCCACUUGCUAAAAAAGCGUAUUUGAAUAUUGCCAAUAUUCACGUAAUGCGAGACUCAUUGGCGAAAGUGAUUGAUGCCAUUAAGGAUGCUGAUGUGUCAACACUUCCUCCAAAUCGAGAGUUAUUGGCAAAGAGUGGUUGGAUAAAACACAUUACUGGUAUUCUUGAUGGAGCCGCACUAAUCGCUAGGCAGAUUGGCAUACAACAUUCUCAUGUUCUCAUUCACUGUUCGGAUGGCUGGGAUAGGACGAGUCAGCUGAGUGCCUUAUCACAGUUGAUGCUUGAUCCUUAUUACAGGACCAUAGAAGGUUUUAUAGUAUUAGUUGAAAAGGAUUGGCUAGGCUUUGGACAUAUGUUCCAACACCGGUCUGGAUUCUUGAACCAUGAGAAGUGGUUUACGACACAGAACGAUGCUCUCGCGGGCUCAGCAAUACAACCAGGUGGAAACACUGACGGACGUGGAGAUGCUAUUGAAAAUGCUCUACUCAGCGCCAAACGAUUCUUCAACAAGAGCAAUCAUAGCCAAGAGAUCGUUGAUGACGCAGAUGAGGUUACAGUCGAUCAAUCUCCAAAGAAACCCAUAUUAGACACACUCCCUCAAAGUGAUGUCACUAAACCCAAAGAAACUAGUCCAGUCUUCCAUCAAUUCUUAGACGCAACCUAUCAACUUCUCCGUCAACAUCCUGCCCGCUUUGAAUUUAAUGAGCGAUUCCUCCGCAGACUCUUGUACCAUCUCUACUCUUGUCAAUACGGGACAUUUCUUUACAACAAUGAGAAAUCCCGUGUAGACGCCCGCGUUAGAGAGCGCACUAAAAGCGUUUGGGCAUAUUUCCUUUCCAAGAAGCCAGAAUUUACCAAUAAGGAUUUCGAUGGAGGAGUAAUAGACGAUCAUGUAAAAGGCAAAGAACGGUUAAUCUUCCCCAAUCUGGAUGAUGUGAGGUGGUGGCAUCAAGUCUUCAACCGCACUGAUGAGGAAAUGAACGGACCGCAUAAUCCUGCCAUGGAAAGAUACCUAGCACUUAAUGCAAAUAGCAAUAAUGGACUUAAAACAUCUGCAAGCAUAAGCUCGCCACCAGCUGCGCCAUCCAGCCGCACUGUUCUUGCGGGUGUGGAAGCUGGGUCUCCAACGAGACAGGUUCCGAAUGGGAUUCCGAGUGUUAGUGGCAACCCCUUUGCAAGUUUGAGGGAUGGAAUCGCAGGAUUAGGAAUCGCCAAGGCAAGCGGAUUGGGCAGUUUAGGGGCGGGCAUGGGUAGUGCGAGUAAAAGUACUCCGGCGGGUUUGAAUGGAUUGGCUAAUGGAAAUGGGAACGGGAAUGCGCAGGAAAUGGAGGUUGAGAUGCAAUGA